UUCGAUGACCUACCGCGAAGCUGUCAGUCGUAGUGCGUAUUUACAAACAAACACACAUAGACGAUUAUUUAGAAAAUAUCAAACGCGAGUGCAAGUGACAUGAAAGUAACAAAAUGAACGGGAAAAGUGAAAACGGUAUAGAACUUACUAAAACAAAUAAAAACGAUAAAGAAACCAAUGGAAAUGGAGCUGCUAAAAAGCCAAAAGAACCAGUGACUUUUAGAGUCUUGAUAAAAAGAUUUUUUACCUUCUUCACUGUGGAACCUUUCCUACUAUGCUACAUUAUACCUAUAGCCGUAUCAGGAUUAGCAGUACAGAAGCUGAACUUGGAAAAAGCCUGUCGUGUUGACUUAAAUCUAACUGAAGAGAUUUGUCUAUCAGCAGUGAGCGGGGAAGUCAAUCCGAACGACACUUUUGGUCUGGCUGCUCAAUUGAAUGCCACUAAACUAGUUGCAGAUAUGACGGCUUGGCAAGGUCCAUUGCAAAGCGCUUUUCCUGCCAUUAUUAUAUUGAAUGUUGGAGCAUGGAGCGAUAAGACAGGCAACAGAAAGGCGCUAAUGCUCCUACCUGUAAUAGGUGAAAUUAUUUCUUCAUGCGGUUUGCUCCUAACAACAUAUAUGUUCCUAGAUUGGCCUUUAUGGGUUACUGCGCUGAUAGAAGCAUUACCUUCAUUAACGGGAGGCUAUUCAAUCGCGUUGAUGGGUUCAUACAGUUACAUAGCAGAUCUAACGACUGUAGAAUCAAGAACAUUCAGGAUUGGAUUGGUCGGAAUUAUUGUAACACUAGGAAUACCUUUUGGUACAUCAAUUAGUGGUUAUUUGACAGAAGCUGUUGGUUAUUAUGGAAUAUUUUCAAUCAAUUUGGGAUUGUAUCUCUUAGGGUUUAUCUACACUUACUUCAGGAUCAAGAAUGUUAGGACUGUGAAGUUGGAAGGAACUUUAGUCCAAAAAGUGUUAGAUUUCAUUCACCCAAGGAAUGUUUGGGAUACUGUGUCAUUGCUGUUUUUGUCUCGAGGAAAGCAGUUGGCGAAAAUUCUUCUUGUGAUUUGUGCACACAUUGUUAUCAUGGGACCGGUAUUCGGUGAAACGUCUGUUCUUUUCCUGUAUGUUUUGACCAAGUUUAGUAUGAGCGUCGUCGACUUCAGUUUAUUUAGUACCUACUCAAUAUUGAUGGGCACUGCAGGAUCAGCAGUAGCUGUUACACUGUUCAGCAAAAUUAUGAAGAUGCAUGAUACUUUACUGGGGAUUAUCGCCACUGCUUGCAAAACUGUUUCUGCCUUCGUGUAUGGGUUGGCUCCGACCAGGAAUUGGCUGUUUACUGCUCCAGCCUUUGAUUUCUUUGGAAACUCGGGCGCUAUCGCCAUUAGAUCUCUUGGCACUAAAGUUGUGGGGGCAGAAAAAGUUGGUAAAAUUUGUUCGCUAAUUGGGUUCAUUGAGACCUUAAUACCGGUGGUAUACACACCGCUGUACAGUAAGCUGUUCUCCAACACGGUGGGCACACUACCAGGGGCCGUGUACAUGCUGGGAGGUGUUAUGACCAUACCUGCGUUCUUGAUAUUCAUAAUCCUGUUCAUAAUGCACAGACGAGAAGAAAGAGAUACAGUGAAGAAUCCGACAGAGAAAGAAAUGCAUGCGCAUGACAAUGACAUCACAGCUUUGUAGCAAUAACAACGUAACUUAAAACUUAAGUAAUUUUUAAGUACAUAUUUACAGACACAGCACAUCAAAAUACCCUAGACUGUCAAAAAGAUUUUCAUCUUUAUUGCAAAGAAUUUAAGGUUGAUAUUUUAAUUAUGAUAUUUUACAGAAUAGGAUAGUUUGAUGUGCUAGUGUCUACACCUUAGAUGUUAGUGAUAGUUUGGUUAAGAAGAUUAUGUGGACACAUUGAUCCAGUGUAUCAGAAAUAGUAGUAAAGUACUAAUACAGGGUUAAAUUGUCAUACCUUAGAUUCUAUAAGAAAAACAGCUUUCAGUUUGGCACUGGAGUCGGUGACUGACAAUGGAGUUUUAAAUUCUCUUACAACAUUUACAAGUUUAUUUUUAUAUAUAUCUUUUAUUUAUUAUUUUCACAAUUACAAACAUGCCUUUACAUUUAUAGGGUGUAAACGGAAAGCUGAAAGUAUGUAUUCCAAAAAAAGAAUUACCUACAUGUUUAUUUUAUGUAAUAAUAAUCAACUGCUUUAGUCUGAUAUUUCCAAUAACGAUUCAAAUUUUAAAAUAAAGAAGUAUCGUUUUUCGGAAGCGUUCUGUUUACACCCUGUAUAGAAUGGGUCAUUAGGAAAACUUGUUGAUUGUACAUUUCUAGAUGUCUUAUUCUUAGCAUACUUCUGCCUGUCGCUGUAGCAGACGCGAAUUGCUAAGAUUGGUUUAAAUAUGCCCGUAAAAUAUCAAGAGAUGCAAUUGCAAGAAUUUUGUUAAAUUCUUGUAAUAUUAGAUCAUCACCAUUGUAUUUAAGUUUGUGAUAGACCUGCCUAUAUAUUUUUAAUAAUAAUAAAACUAUUUAUAAGAAUAGUAUAUUACCAAAAUUGCCAUACUUUACAUAAACAUGACAAACAAGUUUGAAAAACCUGUGAGAUUAAUAAUAGAUCUAUAUUAUAUAAUACGUAGGUAAUUUAAAAUGUUAACGUUGAAUAAUAAAGUAAUAAAUAUUUUAUA